AUGAACCGAUUCAAUUUCGGCGGCGACUCUGACGGGUCAGGGUCCGACUUUGAUGAGGACCCCUCCGGCCUGCCUUUCCCUGAACCACUUUCUCGAACCUCGUUCCUCGCCCCUGAUUUUGACCCGGCUACAUUCCUCUCCUCUUUAACAAACCGACAUCAAAGCCUCGAGGACUUGCGACAAGAAUUGCGGAGCUUGGAACAAUUGCUGAAUAAGGAGUUGUUGGACUUGGUCAACGAGAACUAUCAGGACUUCCUCUCUCUGGGGACAGCUCUCCGCGGCGGCGAGGAGAAAAUCGAAGGCGUUAAAGUCGGCCUGUUGUCAUUUCAACGAGAUGUGCAGUCAAUUCGGGACAAAGUUGAAGCUCGCCGACGGGAGGUAGAGGGACUAUUGAACCAGAAGCGACAGCUCCGCACGCAUGCAGACAUCGGCAAAGACCUCCUUGACUAUGCGGACCGGGUCGAAGAGUUGGAAUACCGAUUGAUGAUCAAAAAUGAAUCUACUGCGCGGGACAUUACAGAGGAUGAUGGUUCCGAUUCCGAGUCCGAUGUUUACGGAACCGAUAGUGAUGACAGUGAUGAGGAGGAGCUUGGGGACGGGGCCGCACCUGUAUCAUUGAAACGGCUCCAGCGUCAUGUACAGAAGUAUGUGUUCUUGACGUCGAUAGCCACCCGAGUUGGCGAAAGUCAUCCGUUUCUGCUUGCUCAGCAACCACGUGUGGGCAAGAUCAAGUCAACUGUGCUGCUGGACCUGAAGACUGCGCUGGAACAAGCUAGUCAUGCUGGUGCCAAGCGUGACGCAAGAACCAUGGCAGUCUUGCGUCUCUACGAUUUCAUGGGCGAGGAUGUGAGUGCAAUUCUAGCACUUAAGAAUCUGAAAGUAUAG